AUGGGGUCUGCAGUGCGUCUCAGCAAACUCUGCCCCCGCAUUGUGUCUCGGUUAUCACAAAGGAGCCUGAAAACAUUGAUGGACACAAGGACAGCCACUGCCGAGCUGGGAUGGACGGCCAAUCCUGCCUCUGGGUGGGAAGAAGUCAGUGGCUACGAUGAAAACCUGAACACCAUCCGUACUUACCAAGUGUGCAACGUCUUUGAACCCAACCAGAACAACUGGCUGCUCACUACUUUUAUCAACAGACGGGGUGCCCAUCGCAUCUACACGGAGAUGCGUUUCACUGUGAGGGACUGCAGCAGCCUCCCAAAUGUCCCAGGCUCCUGCAAGGAGACCUUCAACUUAUACUACUAUGAGACUGACUCUGUCAUUGCCACCAAGAAGUCAGCCUUCUGGUCUGAAGCCCCCUACCUCAAAGUGGACACCAUUGCUGCAGACGAGAGCUUCUCCCAGGUGGAUUUUGGGGGAAGGCUGAUGAAGGUCAACACAGAAGUCAGGAGCUUUGGGCCUCUUACUCGGAAUGGUUUUUACCUCGCUUUCCAGGAUUAUGGAGCCUGCAUGUCUUUGCUUUCUGUCCGGGUCUUCUUCAAAAAGUGUCCCAGUAUUGUGCAAAAUUUCGCAGUGUUCCCAGAAACCAUGACAGGAGCAGAGAGCACAUCUCUGGUGAUUGCUCGGGGCACAUGCAUCCCUAAUGCAGAAGAAGUGGACGUGCCCAUAAAACUCUACUGCAAUGGGGAUGGAGAGUGGAUGGUGCCCAUUGGACGCUGCACCUGUAAGCCUGGCUAUGAGCCGGAAAAUAGUGUGGUCUGCAAGGCCUGUCCUGCGGGGACCUUCAAGGCCAGCCAGGAAGCUGAAGGCUGCUCCCACUGCCCCUCCAACAGCCGCUCCCCUUCAGAAGCAUCUCCCAUCUGCACCUGCCGGACUGGCUAUUACCGAGCAGACUUUGAUCCCCCAGAAGUGGCGUGCACUAGUGUCCCAUCAGGCCCCCGAAAUGUCAUCUCCAUAGUCAAUGAGACAUCUAUCAUUCUGGAGUGGCACCCUCCAAGAGAGACCGGUGGGCGGGAUGAUGUGACCUACAACAUCAUCUGCAAGAAGUGCCGAGCAGACCGCCGGAGCUGCUCCCGCUGUGACGACAAUGUGGAGUUUGUACCCAGGCAGCUGGGCCUGACUGAGUGUCGUGUCUCCAUCAGUAGCCUAUGGGCCCACACCCCCUACACCUUUGAUAUCCAGGCCAUCAAUGGAGUCUCUAGCAAGAGUCCCUUCCCCCCACAACAUGUCUCCGUCAACAUCACCACAAACCAGGCUGCCCCCUCCACUGUACCCAUCAUGCACCAGGUCAGUGCCACCAUGAGAAGCAUCACUUUGUCAUGGCCUCAGCCGGAGCAGCCCAAUGGAAUCAUCCUGGACUAUGAGAUCCGGUACUAUGAGAAGGAGCACAAUGAGUUCAACUCUUCCAUGGCCAGGAGCCAGACCAACACGGCCCGUAUUGAUGGGUUACGGCCCGGCAUGGUGUAUGUGGUCCAGGUGCGCGCCCGAACCGUGGCUGGCUACGGCAAGUUCAGUGGAAAGAUGUGCUUCCAGACCCUGACAGAUGAUGAUUACAAGUCAGAGCUGAGAGAGCAGCUACCCCUGAUUGCUGGCUCUGCAGCCGCCGGGGUUGUAUUUGUUGUGUCUCUGGUGGCCAUCUCUAUCGUCUGCAGCAGGAAACGAGCUUACAGCAAAGAGGCUGUGUACAGUGAUAAACUCCAGCAUUACAGCACGGGCAGAGGCUCCCCAGGGAUGAAGAUCUACAUUGAUCCCUUCACAUAUGAGGACCCCAAUGAAGCUGUCCGGGAGUUUGCCAAGGAGAUUGAUGUAUCUUUUGUGAAAAUUGAAGAGGUCAUCGGAGCAGGGGAGUUUGGUGAGGUGUACAAGGGCCGUUUGAAACUGCCAGGCAAGAGGGAAAUCUAUGUGGCCAUCAAGACCCUGAAGGCUGGGUACUCAGAGAAACAGCGUCGGGAUUUUCUGAGCGAGGCAAGCAUCAUGGGCCAGUUUGACCAUCCCAACAUCAUUCGCCUGGAGGGUGUUGUCACCAAGAGUCGACCUGUCAUGAUCAUUACGGAGUUCAUGGAGAAUGGUGCUUUGGAUUCUUUUCUCAGGCAAAAUGAUGGACAGUUCACCGUGAUCCAGCUUGUCGGGAUGCUGAGGGGCAUCGCUGCUGGCAUGAAGUACCUAUCUGAGAUGAAUUAUGUGCACAGGGACCUGGCUGCUAGGAACAUUCUGGUCAACAGCAACCUGGUGUGCAAAGUAUCUGACUUUGGCCUCUCUCGCUACCUCCAGGAUGACACCUCAGAUCCCACCUACACCAGCUCCUUGGGAGGAAAGAUCCCUGUAAGAUGGACAGCUCCAGAGGCCAUCGCCUACCGCAAGUUUACAUCAGCCAGCGAUGUCUGGAGCUAUGGGAUUGUCAUGUGGGAAGUCAUGUCAUUUGGAGAGAGACCCUACUGGGAUAUGUCCAAUCAAGAUGUCAUCAAUGCCAUUGAGCAGGACUACCGGCUCCCCCCUCCUAUGGACUGCCCAGCUGCCCUGCACCAGCUCAUGCUGGACUGUUGGCAGAAGGACCGAAAUAGCCGGCCCCGUUUUGCAGAGAUUGUCAACACCCUGGACAAGAUGAUCCGGAACCCAGCUAGUCUCAAGACUGUGGCAACCAUCACCGCUGUGCCUUCCCAACCCCUGCUUGACCGCUCUAUCCCAGACUUCACGGCCUUUACCACCGUGGAUGACUGGCUGAGUGCCAUCAAAAUGGUCCAGUAUAGGGACAGCUUCCUCACCGCUGGCUUCACCUCCCUCCAACUGGUCACCCAGAUGACGUCAGAAGACCUCCUGAGAAUAGGGGUCACCUUGGCAGGCCACCAGAAGAAGAUUCUGAGCAGCAUCCAUUCGAUGAGGGUCCAGAUGAGUCAGUCACCAUCGGUAAUGGCAUGA